AUGCAGAGCGCCCUGUGGACCAACGGAACACUGGAGCCAGGGAUGGACUUGGGAAUGGGUACGGGAACGAGCAUGGGGGAGAACCGGCGUGCCCUGCAAUACGGACACUUCUCCUCAUCCACGUCCGUGUUCCUGGCCGUGCUCAUGACCCUGCUCGUGCUCGCCACCGUGCUCGGAAAUGCACUCGUUAUCCUGGCUUUCGUUGUGGAGAAGAGUUUGCGCACCCAGGGCAACUUCUUCUUCUUGAAUUUAGCCAUUGCAGACUUCUUAGUGGGAGGGUUCUGCAUCCCUGUCUACAUACCGUACGUGUUGACGGGGGAGUGGAGGCUAGGAAGGGGUCUGUGUAAAGUGUGGCUCGUAGUGGACUACACCCUGUGCACUGCCUCCGUUUUCAACAUCGUGCUCAUCAGCUUUGACCGCUUCAUCUCCGUCACACGAGCGGUGAGCUACAGGUGUCAGAAGGGUGUGACCCGCCAGGCUGUGCUGAAGAUGGCCAGCGUGUGGCUGGCCGCCUUCCUCCUCUACGGACCGGCUAUUGUGAGCUGGGAGUUCAUUGCCGGUGGAAGCGUGGUCCCGCCGAAUGAGUGCUACGCAGAGUUCUUCUUCAACUGGUACUUCCUGAUGACUGCCUCCACGGUGGAGUUCUUCACCCCCUUCAUCAGCGUCACUUACUUCAACCUCAGCAUCUACAUCAACAUCAGGAAGCGCAAUCUGAUGCGGGCAGGGCAGCCUGCCAGCAUGAGCACCCGGGACUGCGAGAUGGAGAUGCGGCACCCCGUGAGGGUCGACGGCGGGGAUCAGCGCCAGGUUUUCUACGUUAGGCCCGCGGCUGCCACCGUGGGCAGCCAGAGCACCAGGAGGGACAGUCGAGUGGGAAGCCGCAAAUUUCCUGGGGGCAGGGUGUCCGUGGUGGACAGUAGGCUGCUGGAUUUGCCUCCCCUACAGGUGGAGGGCCUGGCUCAGAGGGUUGGGGAUGGAACCUGUGGUAGCGGUGAGCCUCCUUAUGGCCAGCACCGCUCCAGCCGCUCCCCCGCCACUGACACCUGCCUGGCCAGCAGAUUUCGGCUUUCCCGUGACAAGAAGGUGGCCAAGUCACUGGCUGUGAUCGUGUGUGUGUUUGGCCUGUGCUGGGCACCGUAUACGUUGCUGAUGAUCAUCCGGGCGGCUUGCCAUGGCCGCUGCAUCCAGCACUACCUCUAUGAGACAUCCUUCUGGCUGCUGUGGAUCAACUCAUCCAUCAACCCCGUGUUGUACCCACUGUGCCACACCAACUUUCGCAGGGCUUUCAACAAACUGCUGUGUCCCAGCAAAGUCAAGGUUCAGCCCCAGUACAUGGAGCAAAAAUGCUAAGGGGGAUAAACCUGUUGCUGGUUUAUGAAGGGGGGGGGGGGAAACUGAAAACACUCCUUUUCAUACCUGCGAGUCUUUU